CAGCCCAUGGCACAAAGCAAUUGCACCCAAGUGACCGAGUUCAGCCUGGUGGGCUUCACACAGGACCUGGUGACUCAGGUCUACUUGUUCCUGCUCUUCCUGCUCACCUACGUUAUCACCAUUGUGGGCAACCUGGGCAUCAUCAUCUUAAUCAGGGCCAGCCCCCACCUCCACUCCCCCAUGUAUCAUUUCCUGGGCAACCUGGCCUUUGUAGACCUCUGUUCUUCCACCAUCAUCACCCCCAAGAUUUUGGUUGACUUGAUGUCAGAGAAGAAGAGCAUUGCUUAUGCUGGGUGUGUGGCUCAGGUGUUUCUCUUUGAUAUCUUUGCAGUAUCUGAAUGCCUCCUGCUGGCUGCAAUGGCCUAUGACCGUUACGUGGCCAUUUGCCAUCCCCUGCUGUACCCCCUUGUCAUGUCCCCAAAGUGCUGUUUCCAGCUGGUGACUGCCUCGUACCUCCUGGGGCUGACCAAUGGCGUGGGACAGACCAUCAGCAUGUCCACCCUGUCCUUCUGCAGCUCCAGCACCAUCGACCUCUUCUUCUGUGACAUUUCCCCUCUCAUCUCGCUCUCCACCUCUGACACCACCCUCAGCCACAUCAUCCUGACCACUGCAGCAUCUCUCUUUGGUGUGUCCAGCAUCCUGGUUAUCCUGCUCUCCUACGUGGCCAUCAUCCCCACCAUCCUGAGCAUCAAUUCAGCCGAGGGCAAGCGCAAAGCCUUCUCCACCUGCACCUCCCACCUCACCACUGUCAGCAUCUUCUAUGGGGCAUGCUUUUUUAUGUAUUUAUUCCCCAGCUCAGACAGCUCAAGAGCAGCAGAUAAAUGGGCUGUGGUUCUCUACACUGUGGUGACUCCCAUGCUGAACCCCUUGAUCUACAGCCUGAGGAAUAAGGAGGUGAAGGAGGCUUUGAGGAAGCUCACAAAAAUAAAAUGA